UUUACUGAUGGGAAGUGGAAGCACAAGCUUUAUCCCAUUACAAGUUAGGGAUCCAAUCAGCAAGCCAGCAGUUCCAUACAUUGGUGAAAUCCCAGGCAGUGUAAAACAAGAUAUGGCGAUAGUUUUCCAAGGAACUGUUCCUGUAGAUGCAACUAGCUUUGAAAUUAAUUUCAUGACUGGACCAACAGAAAAUUAUGACAUUGCUUUCCAGUACAACCCUCGCAUUGGUGAUUGUACUGCUCUAAAUAGCAAAAGAAAUGGAAGCUGGGAGACACAGGAAAGUGCAUGUCAUAAUCCUUUCACCAGAGGAGGAGCCUUCAUUAUUCUAGCAGUCAUCAAUUCUGAGGGCUAUCAGGUUUAUGUGAAUGGCAUAAAACACUGCACAUUCACACACCGCCUUCCCCUAGAGAAAGUUUCCAAUAUUAACAUUCGUGGAAAUAUUUCCCUUCUCGUCUGGGGUUUGAUUGAUAGCUGGAGCACAACUGCAUCCUCUACAGAACUGAAGAAAAUCACAAGCACUUGGACCUCAACUUCGAUAUCGACAACCUCUCCUUUUGAGAUUUCAAAUCCAGUCAGUAAGCCUGCACUUCCCUAUGUGGGCACAAUCCAAGGAGGGUUAAAACCAGAUACAGCUAUAUUCUUACAAGGGACUGUUCCUGCAGAUGGAAAGAACUUUGAAAUUAAUUUCAAAACUGGGCCAACUGAGGCUGAUGACAUUGCUUUCCACUACAAACCUAUCUUUGGUGAUUGUACUGCUCUAAACAGCAAAAGAAAUGGAAGCUGGGAGACACAGCAAAAUGAAUCUGAUAAACCCUUCACCAAAGGAGGAUCCUUCCAGAUUUUUAUUGCUGUGAAACCAGAUGCCUAUGACGUCUACGUGAAUGGUUCCAAACAUUGCACGUUCAAACACCGACUUCCUCUAGAAAAAGUUUCAACGUUAAAUUUCAAAGGAGAUGUUUCCCUCUUCAUAUACGGCUUGAUUCAGAAAUGGACAAGUCCUUUUGUCUCCAUCAAGGAGAAGAAAACUUUACUGAUGGGAAGUGGAAGCACAAGCUUUAUCCCAUUAGAAGUUAGGGAUCCAAUCAGCAAGCCAGCAGUUCCAUACAUUGGUGAAAUCCCAGGCAGUGUAAAACAAGAUAUGGCUAUAGUUUUCCAAGGAACUGUUCCUGUAGAUGCAACUAGCUUUGAAAUUAAUUUCAUGACUGGACCAACAGAAAAUGAUGACAUUGCUUUCCAGUACAACCCUCGCAUUGGUGAUGUUACUGCUCUGAACAGCAAAAGAAAUGGAAGCUGGGAGACACAGGAAAGUGCAUGUCAUAAUCCUUUCACCAGAGGAGGAGCCUUUAUUAUUCUAGCAGUCAUCAAUUCUGAGGGCUAUCAGGUUUAUGUGAAUGGCAUAAAACACUGCACAUUCACGCAUCGCCUUCCCCUAGAGAAAGUUUCCAAUAUUAACAUUCGUGGAAAUAUUUCUCUUCUCGUCUGGGGUUUAAUUGAUAGCUGGAGCACAACUGCAUCCUCUACAGAACUGAAGAAAAUCACAAGCACAUGGACCUCAACUUCGACAUCGACAACCUCUCCUUUUGAGAUUUCAAAUCCAGUCAGUAAGCCUGCACUUCCCUAUGUGGGCACAAUUCAAGGAGGGUUAAAACCAGACACGGCUAUAUUCUUACAAGGGACUGUUCCUGCAGAUGGAAAGAACUUUGAAAUUAAUUUCAAAACUGGGCCAACUGAGGCUGAUGACAUUGCUUUCCACUACAAACCUAUCUUUGGUGAUUGUACUGCUCUAAACAGCAAAAGAAAUGGAAGCUGGGAGACACAGCAAAAUGAAUCUGAUAAACCCUUCACCAAAGGAGGAUCCUUCCAGAUUUUUAUUGCUGUGAAACCAGAUGCCUAUGACGUCUACGUGAAUGGUUCCAAACAUUGCACAUUCAAACACCGACUUCCUCUAGAAAAAGUUUCA